AUGGGCAAAAAAUUUAAUUUAAUAUUUCCUAAUAACCCAAUGCUCAUGUGCAUAUGCGGUAGUUCUGGUUCUGGAAAAACUCAUCUCACUUUUAACAUGUUGACAACACCAAAACUUUUAGAUUUCGAUUCUUUGUAUAUCACAACAACACCAGAGCAAUCAUGUUCAAGACCUAUUUCAAUAUUACGAGAAAACGAAGAAGUAGUGGAAAUAAAAGAUAUCUUAGAUAACUACAUCGAAGGAAAGAACCCAACGGAUAUAAAAGUUUUUCUUACGAAAAAUGUUAAUGACCUAGACUUGUCUAAUAUUGAUAGCAAACGAAAGAACUUAAUAUUGUUUGACGACUGCGUAGCGCAAAGAAAUCAAGCUGUUCAACAAGAAUUCUUCACGAAGGGAAGACAUCACAACUGUCACUGCAUAUAUCAAUCCCAAUCUUUUUACGGGAUGGAUUCUAUAUUUAUUAGAAAAAAUGCAAAUUGUUUUUUAUUAUUUGAAUUAAACGAUAAAGAUUUAUCUCAAAUCAUUCAGUCGAUAAAUAACGGAAUGGACAGAGAUGCAUUUAAAAAGGUUUGUAAAGCUCAAUGGAAAAACCCAGAUGAUCAUGGAUAUAUAUUCGUUAAUACUAGAAAACCUGCUGAUGAAAGAGUUAUGACAGACAUUUGUUAA